AUGAAAGUUGAACAUGCGAAAUCACCCGCAAGAGCACGCUCAUUUCAUCUAGAUUCUAGCCCCAUGAAGAUUGCGCACAAAUAUCUCGAUGGAGAUUUCCAGGGUCCCUAUAACAUCAAACUCCCAGCUCCCCGUUUCGAUAUCGGACAUGAUAGCCCCAAGAUUCCCAAUCAGCAUACGGUCUUCCUUCAAUUUGUAAAGUUUCACCUCUCAAGUUACCAUCGAUUCCCAUCGCGAAAUGUCUUUUCGCACACAUCACUCUAUCUCCAAGCCCUCUCAAUUCCAACAUCCACCUACACUUCGAUUCGUCCAGAAAACAGAACUAGGUCGACGAUGAACCAAACUCAGAGGUCUCAUUUACUUUGGGAUUCAACACCAAUCUGCCAAACUAUGUGGGGUAUUUUCGAGCCAUCCGAGUUUGAUGUCGGAGUGUUGCGUGAGAUGUUCAAUGAAAUGCAGACAGAUGCUGAUGAUUUUGUUACCAUCAAGGAGAAUUUCGAUAUUAUCGACAUUCUAGAUAGAAGAGGAGACAAAGAGAGUACAGUACUGUAUCAGAUUGACAUCGGAUCGUCGAAAGCGAUGAAGGUAAAGCGAAGAAUAUCAACCAUAUAUCUACUCAAAUUACCACCCCAAUCAACACGAACUAACAAGUCAUCAAAUCCUCGCCAGAGUCAAACAAAUUAA